AAAAAAACAAGUAACAACUGCUGAAUUACUUUUAAAUUAGUAUCCUCUUCUCUUAUUCCUCCACUCUCGAGAUUCUCUACCCGUACCGUUUAUGGAGUUUAUAUAUAGAAUAGACCAAAGAGAUGUCAGAACACAAGAUCAAGUUUAGAGACUGAUAGAAAUAUACUCGUACUAAUAUCAAUAAAUACUCUGAUUUCAUAUUUACAUAAUAAAGUAUAUAUUAAAAAAAAAUCUGAGUUCGUGGGUCUAUACAUAGUUGAUGGGAAGAACUGAGAUCGCCAAAGCACCAAAGCUGCUGUUAAGGAGUUGGAAGCAAUUUCAAGGGCGAGCAGGGAUAAGCAGCAAAGCUGCAAAACCAAACCCGAUGAUGGUCAACUACUUUGAAGAUAUUUCCGACCACAAUCUCAACUGUGGCGGCAAAGAGGAGAGCUGGGUCCCACACCCCCGCACCGGAAUAUUCUUUCCGCCGGGACAAGAGUCAGUGAUGGAAGAUGUCCCUAACGGUGCUGCCUCCUUCAAUAUGACGUUUUGGCUUAGGAACGUUGACGGUGUUGAUAAACCUGAUCCUGAUCUUCAUCAUCUUCCUUAUUAAUUAAUUAGAGACAAAAUUAAUAUGUUAUUACUAAUCUUAUGAUUGAGUCAUUGAGAGAUGAAAUGUCAUAAGGGGACACUAUAUACUACAUGUAAGAUGUAACUAUAUUGAAUAAUCUCAAGGAAAUGGGGAAUGGUAUACGUAAUAAGUACAACAACGUUUCAUUAUAUAUGAUCGUUUUCGUAUGAUGGAUGAAGAGGUUCAAUAGUUAUUCGUUGUGACUUCACAAUUGUGAUUAUGAUCGUGUGUGUGUGCGCGAUAAUAUAAGCAGCGACUACUGUGAAAAGACUUAUUAACCAAAAAAUAACUAAGGUAAAACGAUUUUUUUUU